CAAUGGAUCAAGAUUGGAUAAUGCUUCCGAUGUCAUGAUCAAUCAGUUUGACCGACCAGGAAGAGAAACGCUUAGAACAUGUACGCUGAUGAUAACGAAUCCAAAAGAGUUCAAUGAAGGAGAGUACGUAUGUGAGGCCAUGACACCUCUUGGCAACGACAGUGACGCCAUCAUCUUUAACUUGUCCAUCCCAGAUCCACCUUCUCGGCUCAUCGUCCACCAAAACCAGACGACAUCUUCAACUCUCUUCGUUGCCUGGCAACCAGGGUUCAAUGGUGGGUUUAAUCAGACGUUCAAUCUGGAAUACUGUUCAAACGACACAGCAGCGAUGGAGGAAGAAUGUGGUGUUAUCACCAACCUGACACAACAAUUCUUUACCCUGGAUGGACUGAAAGCGUUCACAUGGUACCGAUUAACACUAUGGGCAGAGAACAGCGCAGGGAAUAGUAGCACUGUGACUGCAAUGGCUUCAACAGCUCCACAACAGCCAGAGAACUAUGGUGUAACCAUUACUUGGGUCGAGAAGGGACAAGUACUUCAAAUACCGAAAGAAAAUCAGUCGUUGGAUGAAGUCUGCUUUGUUUUGAAGACCUUCAAAGAGAGUUGUCCCCUCCAGAAUGAAACAAAGUGCAUUGACCCCGAGAAAGAGAUCAGCAUUGACCCGGAUGAUGACGUAGUUGUGGUGACCUAUGGGAGAGGGUUGUGCAGUGAACCAGCCAAUAUAACAGAUCAACCUGGUCCGACAGUUCCAUCAAGUGAUCAAGGAACUCCUUACAUGAUAAUUGCUAUUGGUGUGAUUGCUUCAAUCAGCGUCAUCAUAGUAAUCUCACUUGGUCUCAUGUACUUUUAUGGAUUGAUGUGCUGUACCAAACGAAAGAAAGCAGAUAACGGCGAUCAACCAGAAGGCAGAACGGUGGAUGAGGAUGGCUUGGUAUACAUCUCAGUGGCGCAUGACCGCACCCAUCCCCCUAAUGCCCCACCCAUACAGACAGAGGAACCAACCAUCUACGCCUCCCUCAACAAAGACGCCACAAAACAUCGCAAGGGAGAGAUGGAAUACUCGGACACAAAUGCAACAACACCCGACGGCCAACCCAUGUACGGGAACUACUUAGUCAAACAGAGGAAACAGGAACAGGCCAGAAUGCCACCACCGGUACAGGCGGAUGAUGCAUCCUAUAGAGCCGACGGAAGCAGAAGAUCAGAGGGAGCUAUCGGACCGACCAUGCCAGACGGCCAACCAAUGUACGGUAACUACUUGGUGAAAAUGAGAAAAGAACAGGAAAGGGCUGAGCAGGAAAGGGCUGAACAGAUGGCUGGCACCUAUAAUUUCUUCGAAAUGUACAGCAUUUAGCUCUCAAUAUAAAAUAGACUCUACAAAAUUUAAUGCAUUGCCAGUUGAUGGCUAAGAAAGCUGAGAAUGUAAUACUCUCUAGAAUGCUUAAUGUUCUCCAGAUUGUGACCUCUGAAUACUACCUAAAAUAAAUAUGGCACCUGCUAAUUUGCAAGAGAAUUUGUCAUCAAAUUUGGCAGUGGAUUUAACUAUAUAAAAGAGCUCAACUUGUAAAUGACAGUUACUUAAAGUCCAUUAGGUUUUAAGGAGAAAACAAUUAAGAUUCUUUUAAAAUCCCAAACCUACUUUUUCUAACCUUUAUUCGUUACGAACAUGUUUAGAAUUAUAGAACUUUACAUAUAUUAUUUUCACUUUAUGUAAAUAGCAAUUUCUUAAUACACAAUAACUACAAGAACUAGUACACGUUUAUUUUGUUUUCAAUAUGGUUUUAAUAACUUUUUAAUGAUAAUCUAUAUAAAUUUUCAUCUGAAGGAGCUAACAAGUAAAUGUAGCAAUGCAUGUAUAUAUAUUAUUUACGUCUUGAUUAUACAUAUCUACAAUUGAAGUAGUUAAUGACAUUCUUUCUCACACA